UAAAGAUGAGCGGUGCGGUGAAAAUGUCGAAGGACCAAGCGCAGAUCGACGUGGAUCACCAUGCGCUGCUGGUGGCCAAAAUAGUCGCCAUGGUGGUGCUCGUGGUGAUCACCGUGCUCUGCGGCAGUCUGCCCUACAUCCUGGACAGAUGCUUCGGUUGGACCAAGCAGAGUCCCGAGGAGACCCGCUCGUCGGCGGUGGUGCGUUGCCUGCUCUUCUUUGGCGGCGGUGUGCUCAUCUGCACCACCUUCCUGCACAUGCUGCCCGAGGUGAUCGAGGUGGUGGAAGCUCUCCAGCAGUGCGGUUUCCUGGCCCCCACGCCCUUUGCCCUGCCGGAAAUGCUCCUCUGCACGGGCUUCUUCCUGAUGUACGCCCUGGACGAGCUGAUGACCAAUGUGGUGCGUCGCCACCAGCGGAAGCUCAGUCGCAAGGAGUCGGUGGCCAGUCUGGCCUUCGAAAGGGGACGCAGCAUCCGGCACAGUGUUCUGUUCAAGCCUCAACCGAAAGAGGUAUCGGAACCGGAACCGGAAGUGAAGGAGUUGGAGCACGAACCCGAGGCGCCGAGGGAUCACCACGGCCACUCGCACAUGCCCGUGCCCUCCGGCGAAGGAUCCUCGGCCCGUGGUCUGGGAAUUAUCCUGGCCCUCUCCCUCCACGAACUAUUCGAGGGCAUGGCCAUUGGACUGGAGGGCACUGUGAGCACCGUGUGGUUCAUGUUCGGAGCUGUGGCCGCCCACAAACUGGUGCUGGCCUUCUGCGUCGGCAUGGAGCUGCUGGUGGCUCGAACCCGCAGCUCGCUGGCUAUUUUGUACCUGGUGACCUUCUCCAUUGUCACGCCCAUCGGCAUCGGCGUGGGUCUGGGCAUCAGCCAGCAGGUGGCCGCGGGUCAGCCCAGCCUGCCCUCCGGAGUGCUCCAGGGCAUCGCCUGCGGAACGCUGCUCUAUGUGGUCUUCUUCGAGAUCCUCACUGAGAGCCACGCCGGCUGGAGAGCCCUUGUGGCCGCCGUGGCAGGAUUCGCUCUGAUGUUUGGCCUGCAAAUACUUUCUGACGAAGCUGAGGGCGAUGACAGCCUCACUUGUUCCUAG